AUGGUCUCACAUAAUUCUGAAUUUACUCGAAAAUUAAGGGCUGCUGUACGUGCAAAAAUCGAAGAAUAUGGAAUUGAUGUGGAUGAUGAAUUGCCUGAUUAUGUAAUGAUUAUGGUUGGAAAUAAAAAGGAUAAAACAAGAAUGAAGACAGAUCUGAAACUUUUUUUGGGGGAUAAUACAACAAGUUUUGUUGAAUGGUUAUUUGGGUUUUUCCAAAAAGUAAAACAACAACAAUCUGCUUCAAAUUCUUCUUUGCCUGCUAUUUUGAGUGAAUCGUCUGAAAAGAGUGUGCAACCUAAAGAACAACCAAAAAAGUUAAAUCUACAUUCUGGCAAUGAUUUAUUUUUUGGCAAAGCUGAAAAAGUUAAAACAUUUAGCAAAUCAAAACCUAUUGAAUCGCCAAAAAGAAAAGAAAAGAGGGAUUCAUCAAAAACAUCCAAACGAGAAAAACAUUCAAAAUCUUCUAAACGUGUACAUUCUCCUAAACCUAAAAAAGAAAUUAAACGUGUUGAGAAGAAGCAACACUUGCAAACAAAACAUCAUAGCAGCAAAAAACAUUAUAGCAGCGAUGAGGAAGAAGAGGAGGAGGUUGAAAAGCCUUCAUCACCACCUUCCUCUCUUCGAAAACAAACAAAAAUUGAGCCAACAAAAACUGAGCCGGUAGCCAAUGCCCCUCCCCCUUCAACAACUUUUGCAAUUCCAAGAGCUGUGUUGCGUUCUGUCGUUGUACAUCCUCAACUGGAAUAUUUCAAGCCUUCAAAUGCCCCUCGUAUUCUCCCUCCUCCACGUUCGCCUUCUCCUCUUGCAUCAGCCGAUUCUCCUCGAUUUGAUAUUGAAUAUUCAGAUGAAGAUAAGACUGGUGAAAAUGAUGAGGAUAAGACUGGGGAACUUGGGAAAAGUGCAGAUAUUGAAUCUGUCAAUGACAGAAAAGAAGAAGAAAUUAUAACUGAAAGAAUAGAAGAAGAAAAAGAUGAGGAAAAGGAUGUGGAAGUAGAAAAGACUGCGACUAUUGUAACGGAACGUCCACACAAUCGAGAAGUUGUAGUGCCAAAAUCAAAGCGUAAAGUAUCGGACUACCCAUCGUCACGACUUUUUCAACGAGCUUUAUUUGGUGCUCAAGGACUUAAUAUUGAAACCAAUACAUCUAGAGUAAAUGAAAACAAAGAAUCAGAAAUAAUUAAUAAACAACAAAAUGAAGAAACUGAAGCAAAAAUAGUGAAAGAAACAACUGUUGACCAUCAUCCGAUUGUUCGUCCUCCAUCUCCAACAGGAGAGAAAAUUGUUAAAAAAUGUGAAGGUGUUGCUAAAGUCUUUGCUAAAGCCAUACAAGAAACUAAAAAGCAAAGCGAAACACUUACUAAUGUUCAAAAUCGUUCUGUUGAAAGAAGGGCAGUAAAGAGGACAGUUUGUGUUGAUGAAUUACCAAAUUUGGAAAUGAAUAACUCCGAUUUUCUUGAAAAUAAAAGAAUUCGGAUUGAAAUGGAACAACCGAGUAUUACAAUUAAAGAAGAAGACGAGGAAGACGUAGAUGAUCUUGUUCUGUUAGUUAAUUUAAAGUCAUCAAAACGUUCAAUUUGUAAAGAAAGGAAAAAAUAUAAAAAACCAAAAUUUGGGUUGGAAAUGCUUAAAGAACAUAUUAAAAGUUCUGUUGUAAAAACACCCAAAACAACAACACAAGUAGUUGAGGAAGAUAAAAUUGAAGAAAUUAAAGAAAAAGAAGUAAUAAUAGAAAAGGACGAAGAGGUAAAGGAAGAUGAAACAAUUGACCAAAAUAUGGAAAAAGAAGAGGUAAUUGUUGAUGAAGUUGCUUUGGAAGAAAAGGAAACUGAAAAUAAGGAAGAAGAAAAUAAAUUGGAGAUUGCUGUUGACACAGAACAAAAUGAUAUUCGCAAAAUUCGUGAAUUUGUUGUCAAUCUGCCUAUCAGUGCGCCUAAAUCUCCUAGUGUAGUUCCUCUGUGGGAUGGAUGUAUUUCUAUUGAUGAUAUUAGCAGUACUGAUGAUGAGGCAGAGAUUGAUGCAGUUUUAGAAGAACAACACAAUUUGAAGAGAAUGGCUUUGGAAAGAGAAAAGGAACUUAAAGGAAGAGAGUUGCCACCAACAUCUGCUCUUUCCCGUCCAUUGGUACACAAGAGAGACGUAGUUGUAUGUCUUCAAGAAGCUCUCAUGUCACCAACAGGUUGUAGUACUAAUGGAGGCGUGUCUGAUUUACUUCAACAAUCUAUCCAACAACAAUUUCUUGUAUCAUCCUCAUCACAGCAACAACAACAACAAAUUAAUAAUAAUAACACAACCAGACCUUAUGCAACUGUUGCACCUUGCCAUAUAACUACACCGACAUUUACGUCAACAGCAUCAACUGGAACUAAUAUUUUACAACAACAACAAGUUCAACAAAAUGAUUUAUUGUCUUUAGUUUCACAAAUUGCUGCUUCUGUUAAUACACAAAAUCAGCGAAUGGCAAUUCAACCCCUUAGGACUAAACCAAAAAAUGCACCUUCUUUUGCUUAUCGUACAUUUUCAAAAACAUAUUCUCCUGCAAUAAAUAGUUUUCCUUUCCAUAACAAAGCAAUUUCUCAAAAUCAACCUGUGUUAACACAAUUACGUGACCGUCAUCGACAAACCUCAAAACUUUAUAGUGAUAUGUUGGAAGAGCAAUUACUUCUUCUUGCUCAAAUUCAAAAAAUGUCUUCAAAUCCAAAUAAUUCAGAAAAAGUUAAAACUUUAAUGUUUCGCUCAAAAAAUAUUGAAAAGAAGACUCAACAAUUGAAGAAACAACUUGAAGUUUUAAGUGCUAGUUUGGAAAAUGUUAAGAAAUCUUUAAAUUAA